CCUCAAAUCAUCAGGUUAACGAACAUCACUUUGUGGUCUAAUAAUUAAUAUAAAAUAUUUUCUCUUUAUUGUAAAGGCGGUGAAAAUGUCCUCCCAUCAGCAGCAGACGCUGUGGUCCACUCCCUGGUCCUGCUGGCACCUUCCUCUGCCCUUUGAGCUGACCCUUCUCCGGCCACAGUUCUCGGCUAAUGACCACGCAGGGUCGGCGUUUCCUUCCCGGCUGAGUCCAUAUUAUUUCAAAACGGUGAUAGAGAGUGCGAAAGAGAACAAGAGAUUCUUUCUGGAGAGGUCUAUAUUUGAUUUGGUGGACGCUCAUCGAUACCUCUCUCUGACUGACCAGAAGCUGCUGGGCUGGUAUCUGGGUCUGUCUCAGGAGGACAGGAAGCUCAUACAAGAUGAAGGUGGCUUUAACCAGUUCCUGCAGAGACAUCCUGCUCUACAACUGUCCAGCCAUCAUGUUUAUGUGAAGUGUAAGUCUGUACAGAUCAGACCUGUGAAGUCAACCAAAAGGCACACAGAAUCAGGAAGGAAGUGCGCAUGUGCUAAACGUGUCCGUCUGUCUGCUGCUCUUCAAGAAGUGACACAACAAGAGUGCAAAAUGCUCCCCAGCAGUGUCAAAGACACCUUUAGUCUGUUCAACUGCAGCAGCAACAGAGAUGGAUCCCAAAAACCUUCCCAUGAGCAGCUGGCUCAUCUUCAAGGUGGCUUCCAGACGGCCUUCGACAGCCCCCUCACUCAGGAACUGAAGCAUCAGAAGGCCCACGCAGUCACUGUUCCACCUCUGUACCAGCUGAGUGAAGAGAACACAUGUCCGAUGGCUAACAGUAGCAGUAUAGCUGUGCGCAAAGACCCAGCAGCCCUGGCCAGCUUCUCAGUGGACGUGGAGCUGGAACGAUGCAAACAGGUGGGGAAGGAGGAGCUCAGGAGCCACACUGCGGAGACACAAGACCAGACUACAAGCUUCUCAUACGCUAAAGUUGAGACGUUACAGUCUGAGUGGCCGACGAUUGAUGACCAGUCUUCUAGAUACUUCAGCUAUGACCCUAUCCAGUUGGAUACAGCAGAGUCCAGUGACUCAAGCUGUGAGGAUUCCGGUGAAAGCUUCCACAGCAUCAUGGAGGACGAUCACAGCAUACUCGCCUGUCUGCCCCUUGAAGAGGUGACGGCAGGAGCAGGCGUGGGUGAUUCCUCGACGUCUGACCCGUCUGCCGGGAAGACGAUCACUGCAGAGAAGUCCACCUCCCCUCUGCCGCGCCUCGCUACCUGUGACGUCAUGGUGGGGACUGAGCAGGCAGCAUGCACGCCAGCUUUCACCCAAACUGAGGAGCCACGGACCUCUGACAAACACAUCAUCACUGAGGUCCACAUGGCAGAUCUGGACUAUCUAGCUGAGGUAUUUAUCAAACUCAAGACAGCCGAAGAGAAAAGGAGAGAGCAGAAAGAGGAAGAGAAAAUGAAAAGUUCUGGUUGUUUAACGAGGAAGGAAUGCGAGUGUGUGGAGCGUGCUCAGCAGGCCGAGCUGUGCCUCCUGGCUCUGCAGUACAGCAUGUGUAGACAGCACACCUGGAGACUGUACUGCACGUCUGCUGACAGGGACCAGCUCGCCACACUGGCAGGUAGUCCACCUGCAGACAUCGUGAAUGUUCUGCAAAAACUGGAAUCUGACUUCAACCAGAUGAGGGAUCAGAUCGUAGCAGGGGUUCCUCUGGCUCAACUAAAGCCUCUGUCAGUGGACUGUGAGAAAUUAACCACAGGAGCAAGUUACAUCCCUGCACAGACGUUGGGUGAUCUGCUGGGAAAUGUUCCUUUCAGCAGCUCCCAGAAGACACAAAAACCAGAACCAUCCGGGGAAGAGAAAAGAAGUCCUGAGAGUCAAAGCAGACCCGGCGGUCAGACGGAGGAAAAAGAGAUGAAGACCGAACGACGUAAAGCCAAAACAGCUGUGACUCUGCUCCUCCAGGAGAGAAACAGCAUCCACAAUGAACUCAAGCCAGACGAGAAGCAGACAGUUUCCUGCAAAGAGCUCAACAGCAGCGAGGCGUGGUACGACGCUGAAGAAGAUCUGUGUGCUGCAGCAGCUGAUGGGAUGGCAGAGGACCCGGCAGAGGACCCGGCAGAGGACCCGACAGAGGACCCGGCAGAGGACCCGGCAGGGGGCCCGACAGGGGUCACAAUAAACAUCAAGUUAUCUUCAGAGGAGGGCAAGAAGUCUGUCCUGUUUGUUUCCAACCUGCCCAGUAACGUGACAGAACAUGAUGUGAUGAUGCAGUUUGAAAAAUACCAUGCAUCAGAAGUCAGCGUGUCUGCUUUGAGGAACGGUGUGAGUGUUGCCAUAGUGAUGAUCAGUGGAGCCCAGUGUGCCGAGGCUGCAGUGAGAGAGCUGAACGGCCGCAGCAUGCAAGGCCACACUUUACAUGUGGAGCACAUCAACAGAACACCUGAAGGCCAGAGUCAGGCAUCGCCCUCCAUCGGUGGACCUGAGUCUCCAAGAACCUCCAACACUCAGUCCAACAAAACUGAGAGUCAGCAGACCGCUCAGCCGCUGCUCAGCUCCCCCACCAAGACCAGGAAGGUGGUCUGCAUCUCUCCCAUCGCAAAGGGAACAUGCGUACCCCAACACUACUGCACCAUGGGCAGCUUCGACACCCUGAUGGCAGAGCUGACGCAGCGGCACCCGGACGUCGGCAGGCAGAGGAUUGUGGACGCUCUGCUGGAGCUGAAGGCCAAACACCAGGGCGUCCUGAGCGGUCUGCCUCUCAGGACCAUCAGGGACAUGACGUCCCAGCUUCUGACCAGGCCAGCCAGUCCAGAACAGUUCUAAGGACGCCGCUCUUUAGAGGCUUUUUUUUUUGUUAGCAGUGAUCUGUUUGAAGUUUUGUUGUUGCUAUCACAGCUCCAGGUUUAAAAAAGAGGGGAGGGACUGAACACGUUCUUCUAAAGCAUUUGGUCUAACGGACCAUGUUUUGUGUUUUGUUUUUUUUGACAAGUCAUCAGAUUGUUAAUUAAUGCUGAAGAAGCUUUGAUGAUUGAAAGAGUCUUGUCUGCCAGGUUUGGAAGUUACUUUAGUUCAUGUAUGCACACGUUAAUGCAGCAGCUCUGUUUCUUUCUGAACAAUAAAAUAAGAUGCACAUUAAA